GGUGUUUUACCAUUUCCGGUUGGCAGACGUCCAAGCGCCUGUGAAGAAGAGUUGUUGCGCCGUCUCUGAAUAACGGAAUAACGCAGAAGCCGAGUCGCGUUAUAAAGGCUCGGUCAGAGGUCAGAUCCAGCGUUCAUCAUGGCAUCCGGCAGUGCGGGCAGUGAGGAGGAGAAGAGUCUGAGGGAGUGUGAGAUAUACGUGCAGAAACACAACAUCCAGCAGCUGCUGAAGGACUGUAUCGUGCAGCUAUGCACCUCACGGCCCGACAAACCCAUGGCCUUCCUCAGGGAACACUUCGAGAAGCUGGAAAAGGAGGAAGCGAAGCAGCUCCUGAACCAGCAGAAGGCCAGCUCUCGCUCGGACUCUCGUGAAGAUGAGGCGUCUCCUCCCAUGAACCCCGUGGUGAAGGGUCGCAGGCGGAGAGGAGCCAUCAGCGCUGAGGUCUACACCGAGGAGGACGCCGCCUCCUACGUCAGGAAGGUCAUCCCUAAAGACUACAAAACCAUGGCCGCUCUCGCCAAGGCCAUCGAAAAGAACGUGCUCUUCUCACAUCUGGAUGACAACGAAAGAAGUGACAUAUUUGACGCAAUGUUUCCAGUCACCUACAUUGCCGGAGAGAUUGUCAUCCAACAAGGUGACGAGGGCGAUAACUUCUAUGUCAUUGACCAGGGGGAAAUGGAUGUGUAUGUGAACAGCGAGUGGGCCACCAACAUCGGAGAGGGCGGCAGUUUUGGGGAACUGGCUCUGAUCUACGGGACCCCGAGAGCCGCCACCGUCAGAGCCAGGACCAACGCCAAGCUCUGGGGCAUCGACAGAGACAGCUACAGGAGAAUACUGAUGGGAAGCACCUUGAGGAAGAGGAAGAUGUACGAGGAGUUCUUGAGCAAAGUAUCUAUUUUAGAGUCUCUGGAUAAGUGGGAGCGUCUGACUGUGGCUGACGCUCUGGAGCCGGUGCAGUUUGAGGACAGUCAGAAGAUCGUGGUCCAGGGAGAACCAGGAGACGAGUUCUUCAUCAUCCUGGAGGGAUGUGCAGCCGUUCUGCAGCGCAGGUCAGAAAACGAGGAGUUCGUAGAGGUCGGCAGGUUAGGACCGUCAGACUACUUCGGCGAGAUCGCUCUGCUGAUGAACCGACCCCGCGCGGCGACAGUGGUGGCUCGUGGGCCGCUCAAAUGUGUGAAGCUGGACAGGCCUCGCUUCGAGCGCGUGCUGGGACCGUGUUCAGACAUCCUCAAACGCAACAUCCAACAGUACAACAGCUUCGUGUCGCUCUCCGUCUGAGAACCCCCCCCCCCGUAAUCACGCCGUACGCUUCUCAUCCACACCUCGUACUCCCGAGCGAGAGCUUUAACGUCCCACAUUUAGAGCCAAAUCAAAGGACAGACAAUCAACCAAUCAGAUCACAGUGUUUUUACCUUUAAUUCCAAGCAGUAAAGAAAAACAGUUGAAAUGUAUUUAUAGGCAAACCGUUUUGACUUCCUUCACCCUCACCGUCGCAGGUUAGUUUUUUAAGACUAGUUUUCUAAGAUUAACUGCCUACAUAUAUGGUUUAUGAGUGACGUUCUGACUCUAUUCUUCGAGCCUUACUGCCUCGUUCCCCUCCUCUCACAGUCACAGUCAGGAACGUGAUCAUAUAGGAACUGUAUGCUGUUUUAUUACUUAUUAUCAUUCCAGCACACACUCUUGCUAUUUGUGUUCAGUUGCUUAUCGUAGUAUUAGUGAGGCCGUUGUUCCUGUGCGGUGUCUAUCCAUAAAGGUUUUAUUGUGGCUGAUCUGAUUUGUGAAGGAAAACUCGAACCGACGGUAGUUUCUGUUCUGUUGCAAUGCCAGUGCCAAACGUUGGACAUUUCAUUGGUACGUUCCUGCACGUGCGCCGUCACCGAUUGAGAAAAGCUUUCGGUCAGGAUGAUUCAGUAUUUACCUUUUCGUCAGUAUAUGCCGAGAAAAGACCAGUUUUAUUUUUUAAUAAGCUUAUUUUUCCACAAAGGUGCACAGUGGCGUAUUUAGUCGCAUGUCAUAAUUUCGAGUGUUUCUGUGGCCAUUUUUUUAAACCGGCUUGUUGCUGUUUUAACGUCGAAC